GCCAGCCGAGAGACAGACCAUGGAGUCCGUUGUCAUCUUCGUGAAGACCGAGCCCCGGAAGAAUGCUCGGCGAGGUCCGAGGUGGAGCUGCAGCGGAGAAGCUGCCGGGUGCUGGGCGAGCUGGACCUGCGGUCGUCGUCGUGGAGGUUGAGGCGCCGCAGGUUACUCUACCCCCAAGUGGAGCUGCUGCUGCUGGCGCUGUCGCCGUGGUGGCUGGGCCACGACGAGGUGGAGCUGCCACCGCAGUCGAGGCUGCUGAGGAGCUGCGCGGUGCUCGGCGGGCUGGACCUACCGCGGUCGUCGUGGAGGUUGAGGCGCCACCAGUUGGAGAUUCUGCCACCGCCGCCGUCGUCAUGGGGGUCGGGUCACGGCGAGGUGGAGCUGCUGCCGCCGUCGUCUUGGGAGCCGAGACACAGCGCGGUGGAGCUUCCGUGGGGGCCGUGCAGCGGGCUCCUAGUCGUGGUUAUUGUUCCAGGCGUCUCCCUGUCAUCCCUCUCCACGGAAUGCCGCUGCUGUUAUGGCUUUUUCUGCUCGGGUUAUCAAUUUGGUUAACUCCUGUGCUUGCCUUGCCUCCGAAUCCGCAACGUUCGUGCAAGUUCCAAGUAACAACCCUUGCAGCUGUAUCGUGUAGCGAGUCUCCUAUCUCCCCAACAGCUUCAUGCUGCGAGGCUCUGAUAUACGCGAUAGAUAGCAGUCCCGAUUCUGAGUUGGAUAGAGGCAUAUGUUGUCUGUGUGAAUACAUUCUCGCACAGACUCUUCCUUUCGAUCUUGCCUACACAUACCGUGCGUGCCGGGGAAAAGACGCGUCCGAAGUUGAGGCAUUCUUUUCUUCUCCGCCGGUACCAUUUACUUGCAAGGUACCGUGUUACCACGAUGAUAACAAGCCUUCACCUCCUGCCAAGGAAGCUAACAAAGGGACAAAGCUAAGCUCGCCGGCCAUCGCUGGCAUAGUAAUUGGAGGGUUAGUGUUAAUUGGGUUUGUAGGAGCUUGGGUCUACUACAAGUUUUUUAGCCCAUCUGCCAAGGCUAGGGGAUCGCCUAACCCCAGCGACGACUCGUCUCGAGGUAUAGAGUUGCCGCCACAAUCAGCACGCUUCUCAUCGGCGCGGAACUCUACUUCAAAUCUACUUGAGACAUGAGUUUAGUUUCAUUGUGCUAGGAUGUCUCUUCUAUUCUAGUCGUUGUGCUAGGUUGUAAUAUUUGUAGUAGUUUGUUUAAUGCUAAGUAGUAGUACUACCGUAUACUGACUCCAGUUGACUACUGCAUGGAAGUCUUUUUAAAUCGUUUUCCUCGCAUGUCCAGAACUAUUG